AUGGCCAAUUUUCCAGCAUUGAGCAUAGUAUUUCUUCUUGAGGUUCAAACAAUAAUUGCUCUAUCUGCUGACAACAAUCUGACAGCUGGUGAAUGGAGCAUCUUGUUCCAACAUGCUGAUUUCCUUGGUGUUCCUAUCAACCCAAAUUGCAUCCCUCCACACAUGGUGGGCCUGUGGAGGGUUAAUAACCGAAGAAACUUCAAGAGAAAUCAAUGGAUUCACGGUUCGGAUUAUUAUGCUAUUUGA